CUGGAUGAUGCCGGCAAUAUCGUGCUUAAUUUGAAAAUAACUGUGCGGAAGAAAGCAAAAUUCAGGGCAGGAAACCAGUUGUUCUGAUGCAGAAUGGGGAUAGGAGCAAUGUUAAAGUUUCCAUGUCCAAAUGAAGCACGCAAUAACAUCAUAAUGGCCGGAAACCAAGAACGUACCUUCAUUGCAAUCAAGCCAGAUGGCGUCCAGAGGGGACUAAUGGGUGAAAUCAUCAAACGUUUUGAGCAGAAAGGAUUCAGACUGGUUGCAAUGAAGUUCCAGCAAGCUCCAGAAGAACUGUUGAAACAGCACUACAUUGACCUGAAAGACCGACCAUUUUACAGUGGCCUUGUAAAAUACAUGGGCUCCGGACCAGUGCUGGCUAUGGUUUGGGAAGGUCUUAAUGUGGUGAAGACUGGCAGAGUAAUGCUUGGCGAGACCAAUCCAGCAGACUCAAAGCCUGGCACCAUCCGUGGUGACUUCUGCAUCCAGGUUGGCAGAAACAUAAUUCAUGGCAGCGAUGCUGUGGCCAGUGCUGAGAAGGAAAUUGAGCUGUGGUUCAAGCCCGAGGAGCUGGUGGACUACAAGAGCUGCGCUGAGAGCUGGAUCUAUGAGUAAACUAUCCUGGCCCUCGACUUUUAUGGUUGUCCUGUCAUUGUGGUGAAUGUAGUAGACCUGGAAAGAACAUUUUUCUGUUGUCAGUUUCCUGAAAGCAGAGCACUUAAUAAUAAAUCAAAGUCUGUGUUGAACAUUUA